UCCAUAGGUGUAGAUGGAGCAAUCACUUUAGUGAACUCUUCGGUGGCUUCUUACACAGUUAAACGUGUGUACCAUAUGAACUGGCAAUUCCUGUCCUAGGUAUUUACCCAAGUGAAAUAAAAUGUUUGUCCACAAAUGGCUUAAACAUGAAUAUUCAUAGCAGUUUUAUUUGUAAUAGCCUAAAACUGGGAAAAACCCCACUGUUGGUCAACAAGUGAGCGGAAGAGCGUGAACCCUGCCCGGCAGCAGAAAGAGCCCAGCUUCGGUCCCUGUGGCAACAUGAGCGGAUCUCACUCAUUUGGUGUGAAUAACCCUAUACCCUCCAAUUUGAAAUCAGAAGCAAAGAAGGCUGCUAAAAUAUUGAGAGAAUUCACAGAAAUAACUUCUGGAAAUGGACCUGAUAAGAUCAUUCCCGCCCACGUCAUCGCCAAGGCUAAAGGCCUUGCGGUUCUGUCUGUGGUCAAGGCUGGGUUUCUGGUGACCGCCAGAGGAGGCAGUGGGGUCGUAGUGGCACGUCGUCCAGAUGGAAGCUGGUCUGCACCUUCAGCCAUUGGGAUAGCCGGGCUCGGCGGGGGAUUUGAAAUAGGAAUCGAGGUGUCUGAUUUGGUAAUAAUUCUGAAUUACGACAGAGCCGUGGAAGCUUUUGCUAAGGGUGGUAACCUAACCCUGGGAGGGAACUUCACCGUGGCUGUCGGGCCCUUGGGAAGGAAUUUGGAAGGCAAUGUCGCCCUGAGGAAAUCUGCUGCCGUCUUUACGUAUUGCAAGUCAAGAGGACUCUUCGCGGGCCUGUCCUUAGAAGGGAGCUGUCUGAUUGAAAGGAAAGAGACUAAUCGAAAAUUUUAUUGUCAAGAUAUCCGAGCUUAUGACAUUUUAUUUGGAGAUACACCUCAGCCUGCGCAAGCAGAAGAUCUUUAUGAAAUUCUUGAUUCCUUUACUGAAAAGUAUGAAAACGAGGCACAAAGAAUCAACGCGAGAAAAGCAGCCCGGGAGCAGAGGAAGGCAACGGCUAAAGAAUUACCUCCAAAACCACUGUCGAGACCUCAGCAACCAUCUGGAUCAGACCAGCUGAACACAGGCUUUCAAAGUAACAGAAAUGAACACAAGCUCUAUCCUGAACUUUCCAGCUGUCACGAGAGAGUUGGCAAUUCAAAUCAACCUAUGGAAGUGACAGCACUAUAUUCCUUUGAAGGACAACAGCCUGGGGAUUUGAAUUUUCAAGCUGGAGACAGAAUCACAGUUAUAUCCAAAACAGAUUCGCAGUUCGAUUGGUGGGAAGGAACACUUCGAGGCCAAACUGGCAUUUUUCCAGCCAACUAUGUAACCAUGAAUUGAAGAUUAUUUUAUUUUCUUCCAUGAAAAAUUUUUAAAAAUUUUUCUACAGAUAGGGCUAACUAUCCAGUUAAGCAAUGUUUAAUACAAAUUUAAAAAUACUUUUGUUCUACAGACUAUUUAGCUAGUAUGUAAAAGAUUUGUGUUUUCUAUAUCUAGUUAAUUUAUAUAUCCUUAAAUACUUUGUACUGAUUUUAUCACAUAUUCUACUUAAUAGUUAAUAUCCUACAGUUUAUAUGAUUGUAAUACUUUUGUGUUCAUUUUCAAACAUCACUAAACAGCGACCAGGCCAUGUAUAUGAUAACAGUUUCCUUAAGUUUGAGAAUCUUGGAAUAGAGCCUCAAAUGUCAAUUCAUCCAUUUCUAUUUGCAAAGUGACUAGAAAAAUAAAUCAGCUUAAGUAGGCUAUUAAGUAUACUUAGAGUUGUGGGUAUUACCUAGAAUAUGAAUUCUUAAAAACUAUCUUUACAUCUUCAAAAAUUGUAUGCAUACACUUACAGUAGAAACAUACAAUUACACAAAACGUUUGGCUACUAUGUCUUAUAAAAAGCUGCUGUCUAUUUCUUCUUUAUAGGGCUAUGUUUCUUCAUUUCAAGCAGUAAAUCAAUUUAUGGUGACAUGGUUGAGUUGUCACUAAAUAAAUGUUUUUAAAAAUCUU